AAUCUAAAAGUGUGUCGACUAAACCCGGCUUGGCACCUGAACAACAAUUUUCUAAUCUGUUGUGCGGCGUGAACACGUCCUCCUUUCUCUGCCCCACUUUCCCUGCACGCUCCAACAGUUUGCACAGUUACUUCUUUUAUGGUGUUUUCAGUGGGAGAGGGAAGCGUGCCAGUCGGCCUCGGAGCUGCAGUGGCCGAUGGGAGUCGUUAAUAACGCUCAUCAGCAUCGCUCGCGGUCAGACCUCCUCCUCAGCUCCUCAUUUGUUUUCCUCUUUGCAUAAACCUCACAUGGAUUCACCCCUUCCUGCCCACAGUGCAUUUACAUGAGCAGGAAACCUGACACGAGGUGUGUGUGUGAUCAAACUGCAGAGCCUGAGCUGUGUGUCAGAAGGUGGAUUAACACCUCGGCUCAGCUCUCCACGCUGAUGUUUCCUCACUCUUCAUGUUUUUCACGUGACCGGUCAGACGUUUCUUUCCUCACGCCGCCGUCAGCAGCCAAGCAGGAGUUUAUGAAAACAUGGGAGACGACAGACGCGACAGGCUGCAGCUGAUCGACGACUUGUCCUACGAAGACGUGAAGAAGUGUUACAGAGAAUCGACUGUCAGCAAAUACAACUCUCAGUACCACAAACUGUUCCAGGCGGUUCCUAAAGAAGAAGUCCUGAUGAAAGCGUAUUCCUGCGCUCUGCUCAGAGACAUCCUGCUGCAGGGGCGACUCUACAUCUCCAGGAACUGGCUGUGUUUCUACGCCAACCUGUUCGGCAAAGACAUCAAGGUGUGCAUCCCGGUGGUGUCGGUCCGGCUGGUGAAGAAGCACAAGACUGCGGGUCUGGUGCCGAACGGCCUCGCCAUCACCAUGGAUACAGGACAGAAGUACGUGUUUGUGUCCCUGCUGUCCCGAGACAGCGUCUACGACGUCCUCAGGAGGAUCUGCACCCACCUGCAGGUGAACGGGAAGAGUCUGAGUCUGAAGCAGUACCUGGAGGAGCCCAGCUCGCUGUCCAUGGACGAGUUUCCAGAGGUGCUGAAAUGGAGACGGAAACCGUCGCUUCCCGCCGUCUCCUCCUCUCUCCCCGAUUUGCUGGGAAACUCCACCCCCAGCCUCGCCACCACCACCACCUUCAGUGCUCACACGCUCACAGACUGCAGCCUGGAGACGGAGAAGAUCCUGCUGACAGAGCCGGUACCUGAACUGGGCCACGCAGAGUACCAGCUGCUCAGACUCUUCAUCCUGCUAGUCUUCCUGCUGGUCCUGUCGUCCUGCUAUCUGGCCUUCAGGGUUUGUCGUCUGGAGCAGCAGCUCAGCUUCCUGAGCAGCCAGCCGACGCUGAGAGAGAGGUGUGGAGAAGUGCCCUGCUGGCUGGCGAAUCAGAAGACAGGAACCUGAUCCUGCAGCCUGUCAGCGUGUGAGCAGAAAGGCUGCUUUUUAUAGCGUUAGCUGUUGGUGGUGCAGGAGAAGGCUCUCAGGAGGAGGAAGGAGCUUCAUCUGACCCCUGCCAGCACCCGGUUAACAUAGAGAUGUUACAGUAGUCGACACACGCAGCAGACUAACCUUUGACCUCUGGGACAGAAAUGUCGGCGUGUGCAUUCCUGGUCAGUCAAAGGUCCCGAGAACUGAAAAUGUGUUGUGGGAUACCGCACAGAAGUGUUCGACUGUUUUCCAUCACGUCACCAUCAAGGAGGCGUCUGAUUGGCCCACACAUCCAGCCUCGCCUCACCGUCAGCUGCUAGAAGCUGGAGAAAAGCCCAGAUCCAAGCAUCACGAUCGAGCUCAGACCCUCAUCACAGGACUCAGCCAUAAACUGUAUAUAAAAGACGGACACAGUUACUGUAACGUUUCCCGCCUCCAUGUUGGAGUUUUUAAAGCAGAGAUGCGCCCCCCUGAAUCCCUCCCCCCUCCCCGUGCCCCCUGACUCUGAACGUUGUGUUAAAUUAAACCUGAAAUCAGUGACUGAUGUUUGUGUUUCCUGAAGCCGACUGCCCCCUGCUGGUCAUUAGAAAGAAUGCAGGUGUGAGGGACCGCGUUGACGUCACAGGAUCUGCUGUCUUUUAUGUACAGUCUGUUGGCUCGUCACAUAGCUCAUGUGACCUGGGAAGACGUCGGGAUCCCGAGCUGAAGAAGGAGAGCUCAGGGGUGGACGAACAGCUUACAGAGGCACGCAAACACCUGAGUCGACCCGUCAGGUGACACCAGAUGAGUAGUUACACGUGUUAGGAAGGUUUCCUGCCAUUAAUCAUCUCCUCAGUGUUACUCAGCAUAGAAGCUCAGGAUUAAUAAACUCUCACAUCACUGCAGCAUUAAUGACAAAAGGUGUUCCUCAUUAUUUUCUAAUAUGCACACAAACAGUAUCUGACGGCUGGAGAACCUCGCUGCUCACCUUUGCAUUCAGAACUGCAGCGACUGAUUUCUCCUUUGAGACACAGCGACUGCACCAUGAUGACAUCACCAUGAUGACAUCACCAUGAUGACAUCACGCUGGAUUGCUGUGUUACAUUAGAGCUGUAGCAUCAAGAUUUGAACGUUUUUCUUAUCAUGCAGAGAACCCGAAUCCAUCUUUGUUUAAUAGUAUUCGAUCAGGCUGAUUUGUUGUAUGAUGAAUGUGCACAAAGAUCAGCCGCCAGAGGUGGACGUCUUUUUAAUAAAUCAUGUAAACAAGCUGAAUUUACUAUUAAAGCUGAUAUUUUCAAAUGUGCUGUGCAUUAUUUCAUGACAUUAUUAUCAUUGCUCGUGCAGCUCGUUCUGUUGCUGCUCAUUUUCAAUAAUUCCAGGAAAUUGGUAAGAAACGGUUUAGUUCAUGGCAUAUUCUAUAAUUCCACUUUAUUAUUUCGUGGUAAAAUAUCACAAUUUGUGAGGUGAACAUUCUUGAAAAGGCUGAUUAUUGACCUCUGUGAGGUAUGGGAGGUGUAAUGGCCUCAGAUUUGUAAAUAUAGUUUGGCCAACCUAUAAUUUCAGAUUCAAAAAUAAUUUUAAAAAAGGUGUUUUUUCUGUUAAAA